AUGGAGCCUGGAAAUCACUCUACUGUGACUGAAUUCAUUCUGGCUGGGCUCUCAGAGAAACCAGAACUCCAGCUGCCUCUCUUCCUCCUCUUCCUGGGAAUCUAUGUAGUCACAGUAGUGGGGAACCUGGCCAUGGUCACACUGACUGGACUCAGUUCUCCCCUGCACACCCCCAUGUAUUAUUUCCUCAGCAAUCUGUCCUUCAUUGACCUCUGCCAUUCCACUGUCAUUAACCCUAAAAUGCUGGUGAACUUUAUGAUGGAGAAAAAUAUCAUAUCCUACCCUGAAUGCUUGACUCAGCUCUACUUCUUUUCACUUUUCGCUAUUGCAGAGUGUCACAUGUUGGCUGUAAUGGCAUAUGACCGCUAUGUCGCCAUUGGUAACCCCUUACUUUACAAUGUCAUCAUGUCUUCUCACCUCUGCUUCUGGCUCACAUUGGGAGUUUAUGUUUUGGGUAUCAUUGGGGCAGCAAUUCAUACAGGCUUUAUGUUGAGACUCUUUUUAUGUAAGACCAAUGUGAUUAACCAUUAUUUCUGUGAUCUCUUUCCACUCUUGGAAUGAUCCUGCUCUAGUACCUAUAUCAAUGAAUUAUUGAUUCUGUUGUUAAGUGCCUUUAAUAUCCUAACUCCAACCUUAGCCAUCAUUACCUCCUACAUCUUCAUCAUUGCCAGCAUCCUACGUAUCUGCUCCACUGAGGGCAGGUCCAAAGCCUUCAGCACCUGCAGCUCCCACAUCUCUGCUGUUUCUGUCUUCUUUGGUUCUGCUGCAUUCAUGUACCUACAGCCAUCCUCAGUCAGUUCCAUGAACCAAGGAAAAGUGUCUUCUGUGUUUUAUACCACUGUUGUACCCAUGCUGAAUCCCCUGAUCUACACUCUGAGGAAUAAGGAUGUCAAAUCUGCCCUAAAGAAAAUUCUGAACAGUGGAUCACAUUCAUGA